GGCUGGGCUCAGCCCCGACCCGGCUCCGGCGCAGGUUCCCUCCCGCCUCCCGAGGGGCUCCACGAGGUCGCUCCGCGCCAGAGGCUCAGGAUCCCAAAUGCCUCUUCCCGGGGCAGCCAGAGGGAAAUCCCAUCGGCUGCGGGCGCUGCCCAUCCGUUCAGGAUCUGUCCCGCUGCGGGUCUGAUCCUGCCCGGCGCAGGCAGGGGAGGGCAGGGCCAAGCGCCGGCAUCAGGCGCGUCCCAUAGGAUUGACCAGGGCGAGGAAUUCCUGGGCGAGGGGCCGGGCCUGGGGCUUUGUUGGCAGCCCCGGGUUGACGGGAUUGGACUGGCCGAGACGUUCCCUUGUUCUAUCCCUACAGGCCCUUGUCCAAAGCCCGGUUCCAGUGCCCGCUCCCUUCACCCUAACGCCUUCGGGCGAGCCCGUGUGCUCCGCUGGGUAACCCCCGCAGCUCCCCCAGGGUAGCACCGGCCGCUACGCCGCGGCAGCACCUGCUGCGGGGACAAAGCGGAGCCGAGCCGAAGCAGGGCGGGGCGGACCGAGCCGAGCCGCGGCCUCCCAGUCCCGGCCCCGCCCAGCGGCUCCGCCCGCCCCUGGCCCGGCCCCGCCGCGCCCGCCCGCAGGGAGGCAGCGGCUCGGCUCGGCGCGGCCCCGCGGCGGUCGGUUCGGACCAUGUCGCCAUGUCGGAAGUGAGGAAGUUCACGAAGCGGCUCAGCAAGCCGGGCACGGCCGCCGAGCUGCGGCAGAGCGUCUCGGAGGCGGUGCGCAGCUCCUUCGUCCUGGAAAAAACUAAAGUGGUUGAACCUUUGGACUAUGAGAACGUGAUCCUUCAACGCAAGGUUCAGAUCUACAGCGAUCCGCUCCGGGACCUGCUGAUAUUCCCCAUUGAGGAUGUAUCUAUCUCAGUCAUCAGUCGACAGAGAAGGACUGUCCAGUCGACAGUGCCGGAAGAUGCUCUAAAGAAAGCUCAGAGUCUCUUUGUCAAAGAGUGCAUUAAAACCUACAGCUCAGACUGGCACGUGGUGAACUACAAGUAUGAGGAAUACUCAGGAGACUUUCGGAUGUUGCCAUGCAAAUCCUUUAGGCCAGACAAGAUUCCAAGCCAUGUGUUUGAAAUUGAUGAAGACUUUGAAAAGGAUGAGGAUUCCUCCUCCCUGUGCUCCCAGAAGGGUGGGGUGAUAAAGCAAGGCUGGCUGCACAAAGCCAAUGUGAACAGCACCAUCACUGUUACCAUGAAGGUAUUCAAGAGGAGGUAUUUCUACUUAUCACAACUCACAGAUGGUUCCUAUAUUCUUAAUUCCUACAAAGAUGAGAAGAUUUCAAAGGAAUCCAAAGGCUGUAUUUUCUUGGAUGCUUGCAAUGACGUUGUUCAGUGUCCCAAGAUGCGCCGUUACGCGUUCGAACUGAAGACAAUAGACAAAUACAGCCACUACCUGGCAGCUGAAACUGAGCAGGAGAUGGAAGAAUGGCUGGUGACUCUGAGGAAGAUCAUCCAGAGCAAUACUGAGAGUUUGGUGCAAGAGAAGAAAGACACUGUGGAAUCUGUGCAAGAUGAUGAAUCAGGCACACAGGGAAAAUCAGAGAACAUCCUGGAGAGCCUGGAGAGGAGCAUGCAUCCAGAGCUGAUGAAGUACGGCAGAGAAACAGAGCAGCUGAACAAACUGAGCAGAAACGAUGGAAGACAAAACCUCUUUUCUUUCGACCCAGAAGUCCAGAGACUGGACUUCUCGGGGAUGGAGCCAGACGUGAAGCCGUUUGAGGAGAAGAGCAGCAGGCGCUUCGUGGUGAGCUGCCAGGACUUCUCCCUCAACCUCCUCGCUCAGCUCAGCGACAGGGCCGAAGGAGGACCCACCAACGUCGAGCCCUUUUUCCUAAGCCUGGCAUUAUUUGACCUGAAAAAUAAUUGCAAGAUUUCAGCUGACUUCCACGUGGACUUGAACCCCCCGUCCGUCCGGGACAUGCUCAUGGAUAACGCUGCAUCCAGCUUGGAGGGCACCAAGGGACGUUCUCCAGGCGAGAGCCUUGUGCACGGCGUCCCUGAGGCUUCCCUGCGCUACAUAAAACGGGGGGUUUUCUCUGUGACCGACCCACAUGUGGAGAUCUUCCUGGUGGUGCGUGUGGAGAAGGUGCUGCAGGGCAGCAUUACACACUGUGCAGAGCCGUACAUGAAGAACUCUGACCCGGGGAAGACUGCCCAGAAGGUCCAUAAGGUGGCCAAGCAGGCGUGCAGCCGGCUGGGGCAGUACAGGAUGCCCUUCGGCUGGGCGGCCAGACCAGUUUUCAAAGACUCCCAGGGCACUCUGGAUGCUGAAGGGAAGUUCUCUCCUCUGUACAAGCAAGACAGUGGCAAGCUCUCAAAUGAAGAUAUGCUGAAGCUUUUAGCAGAGUAUAAGAAACCAGAGAAGACAAAGCUACAGGUCAUUCCAGCCCAGUUGAAUAUUGUCAUCAAGGACAUCCCACUAGACUUCACAAAUUGUGUCACAGCUUCUUACAUUCCUAUAAAGCCUUUUGAGAAGAGCUGUGAGGACAUUGCAGUUGAAGUGGAGGAGUUUGUCCCAGAAGUUACUAAGUACUGUUAUCCCUUCACCGUCUACAAAAACCACCUCUACGUCUACCCCUUGCAUUUGAAGUAUGAGAACCAGAAGGUGUUUGCAAAGGCGAGGAAUAUUGCUGUCUGUGUUGAGUUCAGGGAUUCAGAUGAAGCUGAUGCCAGGCCGUUAAAGUGUAUAUAUGGCAAACCCGGAGGGCAUCUCCUGACCACAAACGCGUACGCUGCCGUGCUGCAUCACAACCAGAGUCCAGAGUUCUAUGAUGAGAUUAAAAUUGAGCUUCCAAUUCACCUCCAUCAAAAGCAUCAUUUGCUUUUCACCUUCUAUCAUGUCAGCUGUGAAAUUAAUACAAAGGCAACAUCGAAAAAGCAGGACACCGUUGAAACUCAAGUGGGAUACGCCUGGGUGCCGCUGCUGAAGGAUGGACGCAUCGUCACCCUGGAGCGGCAUUUGCCGGUUUCAUCCAACCUUCCACCUGGCUACCUAGGCCUUGGCGACACAGAGGCACGAAGGCAGCCCAGCGUGGAUGCGAAGUGGGUGGAUGGAGCAAAGCCACUGUUUAAGAUCAGAAUCCAUUUGGACUCCACCAUUUACACCCAGGACAUGCACUUGCACAAAUUCUUCCAGUACUGCCAGCUGGUUCAGGCGGGAGCUAAGGAGGUGCCAGGAGAGCUUGUGAAAUACCUGAAGUGUUUGCACGCCAUGGAGAUCCAAGUAAUGAUUCAGUUUCUACCUGUAAUUCUUAUGCAACUAUUUAGAGUCCUCACAAAUGUGACCCAGGAGGAUGAAGUAGCUGUCAACUGCACCAUGGUUCUUCUGCACAUCGUGUCCAAGUGCCAUGAAGAAGGUCUAGAUCACUACUUGCGCUCCUUCAUAAAGUAUGUCUUUCGAGCCGAGAAACCCAGUGUCAGCCAGGCAAAGAUGACCCAUGAAAUCCUGGUCCUUUCCAUGGCCACGAUCUUGAAGCAGUCAGCGGAUUUUCUAACCAUCAAUAAGCUCCUCAAGUACUCGUGGUUUUUCUUUGAAGCACUGGCAAAGUCCAUGGCCAUGUACUUACUGGAAGAAAACAAAAUCAAGCUGCCCAGAGGCCAGCGGUUCCCCGACUCCUACCAGCACGCCCUGCACUCGCUGCUGCUCGCCAUCAUUCCCCAUGUCACCAUUCGCUAUAAUGAGAUCCCUGAGGAGUCCAGGAAUGUCAACUUCAGCCUGGCCAACUUUCUCAAGCGUUGUUUGACCUUUAUGGACAGAGGAUUUGUUUUUAACUUAAUAAAUGAUUACAUUUCUGGAUUCAGCCCAAAAGACCCCAAGCUGCUGGUUGAAUACAAGUUUGAAUUUCUUCAAACCAUUUGCAAUCAUGAGCACUACAUUCCUCUGAACUUACCAAUGACCUUCUCCAAACCCAAGCUGCAAAGAGUUCAAGAUGUCCAUCUUGAAUACAGUUUAACUGAUGAGUAUUGCAGGCACCAUUUCCUGGUGGGGAUGCUUCUCAGAGAAGCCUCUGUUGCCUUGCAGGAUAACUACGAUAUCAGAUACACAGCCAUCUCGGUCUUAAAAAAUCUCUUGAUAAAGCAUGCCUUCGACAACAGAUACCAGCACAAGAACCAGCAGGCAAAGGUAGCGCAGCUCUACCUGCCGCUGCUGGGGCUGCUCCUGGAGAACCUGCAGCGCGUGGCCGGCCGCGAGGUGCUCUCCUCCUGCACCGCUGCCUCCAGCCCCGCAUCCAGGGAUGAAUUCAUGUACGGUUUUACAUCUCCCUCAAACAGAUCCAGCCUGAUUGCAGACAAAGAUCCAGCCUGUGGAGCAGCACUUCCAAAUGGCCAUGGGAUGAAGCGGGAGGACUCCAAAGGAUCCCUGAACUCAGAGGGGGCAACCAGUAGUUCCCCGGAUCAGAGUGAAAAUAUCCGCAGGAGCUCCACGAGGAGCAGUGUGUCACACUGCAGCCGGCUGGACCAGUUUGAGAUCCGGACACUCCUCAUGUGCUACCUCUACGUUGUGAAGAUGAUCUCUGAAGAUACUCUUUUAGCUUACUGGAACAAAUUCUCCCCCCAAGAGCUGAUCAAUGUCCUUGUGCUUCUGGAGGUGUGUUUAUUUCACUUCAGAUACAUGGGGAAGAGAAACAUUGCCAGCUCCUGCAUGAGACCCCCCAGCCCUGGCACUCUCGGCUGCCCGCGCAGGUUGGCAGUAUCCCCCGCGGUGAGCUGCAGGGUGCACGACGCCUGGUUAUCCAAGCACACGGGAGCUGAUAGGAAAUCCCAGACGAUGCCGGCGCUCCGCAGCAGAGCGGGGGGGAUGCAGGUGCGGCUCCAGCAUCUGGGCAGCUUGGAGACCUCCUUCACACUCAACCACAAUGCAGGCACCUCAGAAGCAGAUAUCGUGCACCAGGCGUUGCUGGAGGGCAAUAUCGCCACCGAAGUGUGCCUCACAGUCCUGGACACCAUCUCUUUUUUCACCCAGAGUUUCAAGACCCAGCUUUUAAGCAACGAUGGCCACAAUCCCCUCAUGAAGAAGGUUUUUGAUAUUCAUCUGGCUUUUCUCAAAAAUGGGCAGUCAGAAGCAGCUCUUAAGCAUGUGUUUGCCUCUCUGAGAGCUUUCAUUAGCAAGUUCCCCUCAGCGUUUUUCAAGGGAAGGGUGAACAUGUGUGCUGCCCUCUGCUACGAGAUCCUCAAGUGCUGCACUUCCAAGGUGUCCUCCACGAGGAACGAAGCCUCCGCUCUUCUCUAUCUCCUGAUGAGAAAUAACUUUGAGUUCACCAAAAGGAGAACGUUUCUGAGAACGCAUCUUCAGAUAAUAAUUGCAGUGAGCCAGUUAAUUGCAGAUGUGGCGCUCAGCGGUGGGACCAGGUUUCAGGACUCUUUGCUCAUCAUUAACAACUUUGCAAACAGUGACAGGCCCAUGAAGGCAACUGCUUUUCCUUCCGAAGUCAAAGAUUUGACAAAGAGAAUCCGUACAGUGCUUAUGGCUACAGCUCAGUUGAAAGAACAUGAAAAGGAUCCAGAAAUGCUGAUAGAUCUACAGUACAGUUUAGCCAAAUCUUAUGCGAGCACUCCAGAGCUCCGGAAGACGUGGCUGGACAGUAUGGCAAAGAUCCAUGUGAAAAACGGAGACUUCUCAGAGGCAGCCAUGUGUUACGUUCACGUCGCAGCCCUUGUUGCAGAGUUUCUGCACAGAAAAAAACUCUUCCCCAGUGGAUGCGCUGCCUUCAGGAAAAUCACUCCCAACAUUGAUGAAGAAGGUGCAAUGAAAGAAGAUGGUGGGAUGAUGGAUGUACAUUACAGUGAGGAAGUGCUGGUGGAGCUGCUGGAGCAAUGUGUCGAUGGCCUAUGGAAAGCAGAGCGGUAUGAAACCAUUUCUGAAGUGUCCAAACUGAUCAUUCCUAUUUAUGAGAAGCGGCGUGAAUUUGAGAAACUAACCCAGCUGUACAGAACGCUUCAUGGAGCGUAUGCUAAGAUAUUGGAAGUCAUGCAUACAAGGAAGAGGCUUCUUGGAACCUUUUUUAGAGUGGCCUUUUAUGGACAAACAUUCUUUGAAGAAGAAGAUGGGAAGGAAUACAUCUAUAAGGAACCCAAGCUGACAGGCCUCUCAGAGAUCUCCUUCCGGCUUCUUAAACUUUAUGGAGAAAAAUUUGGGUCGGAGACUGUGAAGAUUAUCCAGGAUUCUAACAAGGUCAACGUUAAAGACCUUGAUCCCAAGUAUGCCCAUAUUCAAGUGACUUACGUGAAGCCCUAUUUUGAAGACAAAGAAAUGUCUGAAAGAAAGACUGAAUUUGAAAGAAACCAUAACAUCAAUAGAUUUGUAUUUGAAACUCCUUACACUUUAUCUGGAAAAAAGCAUGGCAGUGUGGAAGAACAGUGUAAAAAAAGGACCAUUUUAACUACUUUGAACUCCUUUCCGUAUGUAAAGAAGAGAAUCCCAGUCAAUUAUGAACACCAGGUUAAUUUAAAACCAAUCGAUGUGGCUACUGAUGAGAUAAAAGACAAGACAGCAGAGCUGCAGAAGCUCUGCUCUGCGGGUGAUGUGGACAUGAUCCAGCUGCAGCUCAAACUGCAAGGCUGUGUUUCUGUGCAGGUUAAUGCUGGUCCCUUGGCCUAUGCCAGAGCUUUCCUAAGUGACAACCAGUCCAGCAAAUAUCCUACUAAGAAGGUGAAUGACUUAAAAGAAAUGUUCAGGAAGUUUAUACAAGCCUGUGGAAUUGCUCUGGAGCUCAACGAGCGACUCAUUAAGGAGGAUCAAGUGGAGUACCAUGAGGGGCUAAAAUCAAACUUUAGGGAUAUGGUGAAAGAGCUUUCCGACAUCAUCCAUGAACAGAUCUACCAUGCAGAUACAAUGCAUUCGCCAUGGAUGCACGACUCCCUCCAUGUCUUCUGUGCCAUCAGCGGGACAUCUGGGGAUGGAAGUUACUGUUCACUCAGACCCACUGCUGAAAUAUAAACAUAUCAGUCCUAUUUUACAGAGCUUUCUCAGGAAUACGUGGAACUGUACUAAGGGUGUUUAAAGGAAUCCAUGAUGAGCAAAGAUUCAGUUCUUUUUUUCUCCCCCGAAGUUGCCAUGCUUUCAAACAGGGUGCUUGCUUCUUUUGCUGAGCAACAUUGAAGUGCCUGGACACUGCACCACUGUGCUUCUUUUCUACUAUGUUUUUUUAAAAGCUAAAUGUGUAACAGGACAUGGAAAAACAUCUAGCUAGGUAUUGAAUUGCUGAACUAUGAAUGGGAAUUAGAACGGUACUAUGUAAAGUUGUACAAUGGAAUAUAAUAAAAUGUAAAAGUACUUUGUAAAUAGAAGGAGUAUAUAGAAAUUAGCAUUGUAUCAUAUUUGCUGCUGAAAGCUUUGUUGGACAGGGAACAUGAAGGAGAAAUUGUAGUCACUAGUAAGAGACCUUCCUCUUCUAAAAGUGACUUGGGGUCCAGAUGCCCCCAUUGCACUCAGACCCUGAGAGGAGGCUUGUCCUAGUCUGGAAUAGCUAAAACCCAAGUCAGAAAUGAUCAUUUUCAUACAGCCUCUGUGCAGAUAAUUCUAAAGCAAGCUCCGUGAGAGCUGAGCUUACUACAGCUCAUUUCACCUCUGGCAGGGGAUGGGUUGUGCUCACUGAGGACCACCCAAGAGAUCUGUCAUUUGAGACGAGUUUCUCUAUUUACCACUCAUGGUCUCACACAAAUAUAAACUCUGAGGACACCUGAAAUCGAGUUGGGAGUUAUAAAUAUAUAAUUGGGAAUUAUAAAUCUAUAAACAUCUUUUAGAAAAAAAAAAUCUAAUAAUCUGUGAGAUGUGCUUGAAAAAACUGCAGCACAUCAAAAUAACUCGUGCAAAAUUGAGGGGCUUUUACCAUCAUAUGACAUGUACGUUCCUCCUCUGAAACAGAACUGUUUUCUGACAGAAAAAGGUUUUUGUCUGACAUGUGGUUGAAGAAAAUGGAUUUUCUGGAAUUCUUUUAUUCCUUCUUCCUCUCCCCGAAGCUUCAAUACAUUAUGUUUGUCUCUAGUGAGACACUUUCAGAUGCACGAAGAAGAAAUCAGAUCAGUCAUUCUUUCAUUCAGCAACAUUUGGAACAUCCGUGGUUUUCAAAUCCUGUCAAUUGUAAAUAUGGUUCCAGUAGCUCAUACGGGAAGGGAGGUGGGGGGGAGCUGUUUAAGGAUAUGUAACAAAAUGCCACAAUAAAAGGACUCCAGCUGGGUGUUUAGCUUGGCUUUAGUGUCUCUAAAAUAAUAAUCUUCUAAUGUCUGUAGCAAAAACUAUCUUCAAAUAGGUUUUGGCCACAAUUCAAAAUGUUCAUUAUGCAUGAUUCUAAAUACCUAAAAUGAAUCAUCUUCUGAGCAAAAUAACGUCGUGAUCCAUAAAUUCAGCCAUAAGCAAAAUACAGAUGUGCCUCCAUAACAACCAAACCGCACUUCUGCUUGUAUAUGCUUUUAUGCCAGGCAGGCUCUAAAUUUAGCUUAGCAGAAAGAGGAACCGAGACUAGAGUGUUUAAAUACGGUUACUACCUUAUUGGUUUUCAUCUUUCACCAAAUCAUAUUAAAAGGGAGAUGGAGUUUUCCAGAUUAUUAAAAGGUGAUGAAGCUGUUUAAUAGUGGAUACAUUACAUGGUUUUCUGGAGCUAGUUAAACCCUAAACAUCAGUACUAAAGGUGUAUCUUGAAUGCAGUCAGCAAUGGCAAGAUGUGGACAUCCAAAAGCUCUUGUACUACAGCUCUUUUAAAUACUACACCUGAUAGUUUUCUUGGAAUUGAAGUGAAAUUCUUAUUCGUGUUUCCUGAUGUCUUUGAUGUCCUGAAAUAACACUGUUGGCUGAAUUGUCAGUUGCUAUUCCUUAGUUCUACUGGAAUUAUGGUGAAAUUCUUAUUUCUAUUUUCGGAUGUCUUUAAUGGUCCAAGAUGAAUUUUUGGCUGAACGUCUCAAUUUAUUGUUGGUGUUGUAGUUGUCCUGUCAUUUCAGUUUCAUUUACUGGAAAGCUGCUUCAGUAAUUCAGCCAAAAAGGUAUUUAAUACCAGGCCAAACAGAACAUACACAGUCAGUGCAGGUCAGAAUACACAGUUCUAUGCAGUUCUGACGAACAACAGAAAUGAUCAUGCCCUAAGGAUGUGCUUCUGUCCUGCAGGUAAAUAGUUUGACUGGAUUUGUAACAGAAAAACAUCAAAUUUGUCCUUUUGAGGUGGGUUAUAAGACUGGGAACAAACCACCUGGUUUUUCUUUCUGUUGUCACCAAUCUAGAAACGAUGGGGACUGGUCAGAGGCUGUUUCACAGCUGCAGCUGGACAUGGGUGCCAAGAAGGUGUUUGCGUUUUCUCCACCUAUCCUUUUCCUACAUUAUUGUCCCAGUUUAUACAAGUCCUCCAGUUUUUUUCUUAUUUCUGGCUGAAACAGCUUAAUUCACAGCUACAUGUGGGGAGUGCUCUACAGAUAUGCCUGGUUUAUGUAGCUGGUGCUCACAUUGGGUGCUUCCUAUUUGCUACCUUUUCUGGAGGAAUAUAAAUGUUUAAUGUUCAUUAAUACUUUUGGUUUUUCUUACACCUAAAGCAGUGCAGGUUUUGGUCUGUAAAAGUCAGUAGGUGUAUUUCAAAUGACAACCUGUGCAGUCUUUAUACCUCUGGAGGUGUACAUACACCUUUUCUAUGUACACCUCUAAUUACUUCUGCUGCAAACCUGCUGUAUAACACAUCAAGUCUUCAGAAGGGAUGUGUUGGCAAUUUUGCAUAAGAGGAGAAGAAAUAGGGUGAGGAUUAAGAGCUCGUGGCUACUUGUGGUAUCAGGACUGGUUUGGAUAACGGCAUUAGAGCCAGAUUGUUUGCAAAUAGGACAGACAAAGCAACAGGGGGUCUGCCAGUGCUUUA